AUGCUUAUUACAACUAAAUUCUUGGCAUGGACAUCCGGAGAGACUUGUUCUGUAGUGUGCAGCGAGAUCCUGGGCAGUGCUUCACAUUUGAAUAUCAGGACUGUUGACUCAAACUGCUCGUUUCGUUUACUCCUGGGUCGGCAUUUUCGCGUAGUGCUGGGAGUAGCGGCAGGCUCAGGGGUCGAUACCGGGCUUUCCAAUGGCGUAGUUGAAGGUGUCGGAGAUGGAGUAUCGAGAGGCUGCGUGGAAGAGGUUGUUGAGGAUGGCGAUGCAAAUGAAUCAGGUGUUGAAGAUGGUGUUGAAGAGGGAGUUUCAAGGGGCGUAGACACGGCCGAUGAUGAUGGGGUUGUAGAUGAAUCAGGUGUCGAAGAUGGGGUGUCAAGGGGUGUAGAAGCAAUCGAUGAGGAUGGAGUUGUAGACGAAUCAGGUGGUGACGAUGGUGUUGUUGAAGUUGGAAUCGUCGAAGAUGGAGUGUCAGACGGAGUGUCUGAGGAUGGGAUUGAGGAGGAAAGGCUUGUAGAGAGUGGCGUCGAAGAUGGGGUAGCUGACGAGAGGACUGUGGAAGAUAGGUCGGUUGAAGAUGGUGUUACAACAGAUGACACGCUCGUGGAAGAGGGGGUGGAUGACGCCGGCGUAGUUGACGAUGGGAUAGUUGAAGAAUCAGCCGUUGAGGACACCACUGUCGAUGACGGGCAAGAGAGGUUCUCAAAAAAUUGA